GUGGACCGUCGGGGCACCGAAUGGGGGGAGGCCCUCUGUCCCUGGGUGGGACCUGUUGUCAGUCUCUCCCCACAACACACAGACAGGGGCCCCAUUUUACAGCUGUGCCCACUGAGCCCCGAGAGAAGACAGGACUCACUCAGGGUCACCCAGCAAGGAAGAGGUGGACGCCAGGCCCGCAGAGCCUGGGUAUUGUCCGACGGGCAGCCAAGGGCCAUUCAUCGGCUUUAGGGGCGGGCAGCUCUGACAGGCCCCUUGUCUCCGCAGACAAGGCCCGGAGGCUGUGGUCUCAGUCACCCUCUACCAAGUGGUCACCAGCGGUACUGCUCAAAAAGGCUAAAAGCCCAACACCAAGCCCGUCACCGGCAAGGAAUUCGGACCAAGAAGGAGGUGGAAAGAAGAAGAAGAAAAAAAAGGACAAGAAACACAAAAAACACAAGAAGAAAAAGGCUGUGGCUGCGGCUGCUGCAGCCGCUGUCACCCCUGUAGCCAUUGCUUCCCCCACCACCACUUCAGCACAGGAAGAAACAGAGGCAGAGCCCGAGCCUCAGAAGGAGACUGAAAGCGAAGUCGAGGAUAACCUUGAUGACUUAGAAAAGCACCUGCGUGGAAAGGCCCUGAGAUCAAUGCGGAAGGCUCAAGUGUCCCCACAGUCUUAGGUGGAAAUGUUUAUGAUGUAAAUUUUAUUUGGUUUGUACGCAAUUCAAUUUCAAAAUUGCUAAAAUGUGUUUGAGCUUUAGACUAUAACAUUUGUUGUAAUAAUUGCUAGGUUGAUCUUCACCAUGUGCAAAAAGGGCAUGGAUUUACAUUGCAAAAGAUGUCCACAGUGUGUUAGUGACAUUCUUUCAUUGAGAGCUGACAUAAAUUCAUUUAGAGUGAAAUAUUUUAAGCCAAAAAAAAUCCCCCUUUUAAAAAAGGGGGUUUAAAUAUUGUUGGCAUUCUUAUGGUUCGUUUAAAUGCCCCUGGCUAUUCUGAGAUUUUUCUUUCUUUUUUUUUUUCCUUUUCUUUACUGUUUCUCAUUUGAGUCUUAGCACCCAUUUAAGUUAUGAUGCUUCCAACCUUGUGUGGUUUGCAAACUUGCCCAAAAAUAAGACCACUGUUGAAC